CAAACGAUACAGACUUGGACGACACUGCUGCAUAGACGCAGCACGAUACCGCUGCAGUAGACUAGCGUACCGCCCGCCCCGCCUCGCCUCGCUCCGCUCCGCUCAGCGCCGCCGCGAUGCAGCUGGCACGGUAUCAGGUCUCGACGCUCCGCCCGCCACCCAUCCUCGGCGUGACGUUUGCGCACGACUCGGGCAUCUUCACCGUCGCCACUGAGACGGGGUACGAGGUGUGGCGGACAUAUCCAUUAGGCCUGGUACGGCGGCGAACCCUCGCAGGAACCCUCGCGCGCGCAGUCCCGCUCCUCGCCUCGCCGUUGAUAGUGUUGCAGGGCGGCGGCGCCAACCCGCUCUUUCCGCCCAACAAGGCCGUGCUGUACCAUGAUGGGCUGGGUGCGCCGGUCGCCGAGCUCGAGUUCAGCGAGCGGAUACGCGGAAUCGCCGUGCGCCACCGCACCGUCGUCAUUGUGCUCCUCCACCGCGCGUUCGCGUACGAGUACACUACCGGCAAAGAGGGCUUCUCGGUGCGCAAGAUCAACGAGUGGGAGACGGCCGAGAACGAGGCUGGCCUCGCAGCGGUCGCGACGGCGCCGGGCGCCACCCUCCUCGCGUUGCCAGGACGGCAGCCAGGACACGUCCAGCUGAUCAACCUCCCGCCGUGUGCGCCCGUGGGCGGCGGGCCAACAACGUCGUCGGGCACGUUCCGUUCGCCUAUCCUGCUGGCGCACACGCACAAGCUGUUCUCGCUCAGCUGCAGCGCGAGCGGCGCGCACCUCGUGACUGCCAGCGAGCGGGGCACGCUCCUCCGCGUGUGGGACACGGCGCGCGGCGCGCUCGAGGCCGAGCUGCGCCGCGGCGUCGACCCCGCGCAGAUCUGGGGCACAGUGUUUGAGGACGCGCCGUUCUUCCCUCCUGAUGCAGCGGACGACGAACGGCGCAGAGAGUACGCCAAGCGCAAGGGCGGACGCGUGGCGGGAUGGAGCGACAAGGGCACGGUGCAUAUCUGGCAUGGGGAGGGAGGAGGGAGUGCUCCAAAGCCAGCCAAGUCGAUACAAGAGUCGCUGGGGAACAGGCUGUCCAAGGCGUUAUCGCUCCCCAACUAUUUCUCGUCCACGGCCUCGUACGCGCAGUACACGCUACCAAGGAAGAACCCCCACGCGUUCAGCGGGGCGAUUGGAGCAGCGGCCGAGGCGGCCGGCGUGCCGAGCAUGCGUAUCAAUGAGGAGGCGGACAAGGAGCCCGAGGCGGAGCGGUACGCCGUCGCGUGGAUCGAGGUGGACGUCGAGGACGACGUGGUGCCGCCGUCCGAGGAGAAGCGGCCAAGGAGGCCAACGGGCGGGAUGAGCAUGGGCUCGCGCGAGGAGCGGCACUCGUUCGGGUCGGACGCGACGAGCACGCGCACCGCCACGCCGACACUACGCCGCGCCGAGACGCCGACGCAGAGCACGUUCCGCGGCGGCGUGGGCGGCGUCGAGCGCCGCCCGUCCACUGGCUCCGCGAGGACUGCGCAGCCACGCGCGCGCUUCCGCAAGCCCGAGAAGCCCGCGUCGACCAAGACGCGCCGCGAGAGACAGCUCGUCAUUGUUACAUACAGCGGCGACUGGUACCGCCUCCGCAUUCCUCGCCCGCGCGAGACGGAGGACGGCGCGCCAGACGAGCGCAAGUCCAAGCUCCUGUGCGAGCUCGUAGAGUAUCGUCGUCUCGGCGUCGGCGGCGGUGGGUGGUAG